CGUGGCAGCAGGUCCCGCGCUGUUUGUGUUUUAAUGUGAGGGAGUCGGCGCGUCUGAUCACGUCACUCUCUGAUGAUUUGUGAGACACGGAACAUCACCGAUCGGUGACAGUCUGACGGGAGAACCGUGUGUGUUUGCAGAUGGACAUAACAGCGCAAAGACGGAGCGAGCAGUGAGGUCUAUCUGUCAUGAACUACCAGCAGCACAGAGUUUAAAAGAGAUUCCUGCUGUGUCUGCCUACACGGUUGGCUACAAUGAGCAGCAAAUCGGCCCUCAACAAGGAAGUCUUUAUUCCCAAUGAUGAAAGAAUGCUGGCGGCUGUCCUGGUGAAGAGGAGGACAAAGAAGAAGAUCCCAUUCUUGGCUACAGGAGGUCAGGGAGACUACACCACAUUCAUCUGCUUAUCAGUGACCAAUAAGAAACCAACAAAGGUUUUCAUCACAAAAGUCAAGCAGUUCCAGGGUUCAACGUCUUUUGUAAGAAGAUCACAGUGGAUAAUCGGCCAGCUGCAACAGGUCAACGGCAUCGACAUCCGGGAUUGUGCAGAGUUUGACUUGACAUUUGAGAAUGGAUGUGACCAGUGGAUGGCAGGUUCUGCUGUAGAGAAGUGCAUGUUUGUCCAAAUCCUCCAUCAUACCUGCCAGCGGUACAUAUCCGACAGAAAACCAGAGUUUGUCAACUGCCACUCCAAACUGCUGGGAGGUAACAGCGUACUGAACAAUGCAGCAGACAGCGCUACCAGCGCAGUGCAGAAGGCCAGUCAGGCGCUGAAUGAGCGUGGCGAGAGACUGGGACGCGUGGAGGAGAAGACAGGCGAAAUGAAGAAUAGUGCACAGCAUUUUGCUGACACUGCACACAAGCUCGCCAUGAAGCACAAGUGUUAAGUCAUCGCCAUAUCUUUGAAGAAUCUGGUACCAAUUCAACUGGCCCCGGCACAGUCUGUCAGAGACUCUUAAAGGGAUGUGCAUGAAGUAUCAUAUGAAUAGAUGAGGACUUUGUGCAUCACACUAUCUAAAUGGCUCUUGCCUCCAACAACAUAAUUCUUUUUAUUUUCCAUGGAUGGGAUUUUUGGUCAUUAAGCUUAAGUGUUGUUUCCUGUGUUCUCACUCUAUGACAGACCUUAUAAUUAUUAUAUUUUUUAAAGAUUCUUACAAGGUGUAAAAUUGUUUAGAUUUCAAAUGCCUGCUGAUAUCUCUGAAAUAUCAUUCUGCAUUGUUUGCAAUAAGUGUUUGACAAGUGCCAUAACCUAAUAAUUUUACAAUAAUUACAAAUAUAUUUUUUAAAUCUCAAGACCUGCUCUUUUCUAAAUCAUUUUGUUUCCUACUACAAAUUUCACCACAGUUUUAGAUGUCGUGAAAUUUGUAAUACAAAAACAAAAUGAUUUCGAUUAGCUGCCUCUAGUCAUUCUUUCAUUGUUCAUGUAUCUCCCACACAUUCAAUUAAGGCCCACAGUACUCUCACUGUGUGUUAAUGCAGCAUGUAAAUCUGGAAGGAUCUUCACUGAUAAAUCUCACAGAUAGCAUUGCCCCCCUAGAGUUUCCUUGUGCUCCCCAGAAACUUCUGCUGCCCCCCAGCCCAGUCGGAUGGCAAAACAACCAAGCAACCCCCAGUAACCCCCCUUCCUUGGUCAGAUGGCAAAACAAGAGAACCCUUUGCCCACCCUAAAGGUCAAGAUACCCCCACAAAGAUCUCCUCCUAGUACCAACCCUGGUUGGUUGUGUCUGAAGUUUCAACAAUUUUGUAUAAAUUGUUCUUUUGCUGAAGAAGCUCUGACAAUAGCAUUUGGUUUACGUUUCUGUUUUUCUUUUUUGCAACAGUAUUUUGAAAUAAAUAGUGUUUGAUUCGAUAUCUAAAAACAAGUGCUCUCUUGUUGAAUGCACACAUCAUUAAAAAAUUCACAUUUAUGCCAUAGGUUGAAAAAUCAGAACACUGUUCACUAAUGUUAUCUUUAACUUGGAACACUAUGACAACCUUAUCUUUAUUUUUGUGUGGCAUUAACUGUCAUAUGUAUAUAGACCCAUUCCAUUGAAACACUCUUAAGAACUCAGAUACUGUAGAUCGAUGUCUGUUUGAGUGCAAAGCUGCCAAAGACUGCCGUGAUAAAAACCAAAAUGAAAUUGAGUGUAGUGUCAGAAAAGCACUAUAUAAAUGUAACAUGCAUUCAUUCAAAGUGCAUUAUAUCAUAGCAGGGAAUCUCCUUAACCACCACCAGUGUGCAGCAUUCACCUGGAUGAUGCGACUGCGACCAUAGUGCACCAAUACGCUCACCACACACCAGCUAUCGGUGGAGAGGAGAGAGUAGAGUUAUAGAGCCAGUUAAUGGAUGGGGAUUAUUAGGAGGCCAUGAUAGAUAAGGGCCAAUAGGGGAAAUUGGGCCAGGAGACCAGGGUUACACCCUACACUUUUACAAGUGUCCUGGGAUUUUUAAUGACUUCAGAGAGUCAGGACCUCAGUUUAACAUCUCAUCUGAAGGAUGAGAUGUUUUUACAAUACAGUGUCCCCAUCACUAUAAUGGGCUUAGGACCCCACACAAACUGCAGGGUGAGCACCCCCUGCUGGCCUCUCAGUUUUCCUCAGGAAGUCUCCCAUCCAGGUACUGACCAGGCUCAACCCUGCUUAGCUUCAGUAGGUAACCAGGCAAGAGCUGGAGGGUGAUAUGGCUGCUUCCAUGACGAUUUUCAAUCCCUGCUUAAAAGAUGUUUAUAGGCUCAGAAAUUUGGUUGGAUUACUUAAGUAGCAAAAAACUAUUUUAAGCCAACUUUAUUAGCCAUUUAUUUUUUUAUUGUUGAACCUGUGUCAGGGUGUGCUGUACAAUGUGCCAGUGCUAAUGUGUGCUCAAUGGAAUAAUGAAUGAGAAUCAAAGACAUUUCAUGUGGAGAAAUUAAAGGCUCUAAUAAAGUUCAUGUAAAACUCUGAAAAUAUAGUGGAACACCAAAUUAUGUAGCCAUUUUUUGAAACAAACAUUUAUGAGAUAUGUGUUAAUCUAUCUAUAUGGUUUAUUUUUCAAUUAUGUUUAUAUUUACAAUUUUAUUUGUUAUAUAAUUUGUAUUAAUAUUUUUCCACCUGUUGUCGUGGAGGCCAGUGGAUGAAGUUGGCAUGUAUGUAUGUUAAAAGUAUGCCAUAUCUGAGUUCCUGUAGCCUUUCUGACAGCUCGAACCAGUCUGGCCAUUCUCUGUUGACCUCUCUCAUCAACAAGGCAUUUCCGUCUACAGAACUGCCACUCACUGGAUGUUUUUUUGUUUUUGGCACCAUUCCGAAUAAACUCUAUAGACUAUUGUGCGUGAAAAUCCCAGGAGAUCAGCCGUUACAGAAAUAAUCAAACCAGCCCGUCUGGCACCAACAAUCAUGCCACGGUCCAAAUCACUGAGAUCACAUUUUUUCCCCAUUAUGAUGGUUGAUGUGAACAUUAACUGAAGCUCCUGACCCUUAUCUGUAUGAUUUUAUGCAUUGCACUGCUGCCACACGAUUGGCUGAUAAGAUAAUCGCAUGAUUAAGUAGGUGUUCAGGUGUACCUAAUAAAGU